AUGGGCUUAUUUAGCAGGUCCAAAGCCGCUCCAACCCCCCAAGAGACAUCGACGACGACACCGACUGCGGGGGAGUCUGCGUUGGGCGCCGACGAUGCCGCCGUCGCGACCUUCCCCGUCGGCCUCAAAAUCUGGAAGAGCCCGGAGGCCCCUACCGUCGAUAUCUGCUUCAUCCACGGCCUGACCGGCAAUCGCGACAGCACGUGGACGGCCCCCGGCGCGUCGGCGCCGUGGCCGCAGCUCCUGCUCGCCGAAAAGCUCGGCACCGCGCGUCUCCUCACAUACGGCUACGACGCCUACGUAGUCAAGAAGGCGCCUGCGUCGCGGAAUCGACUUAUCGACCACGCCAAGAACCUGCUCAAUGAUCUGGUCGACGAUCGUGAGGCAAACGACGCCGUUUCCCGCCCGCUGAUCUUCGUCGUCCACAGCAUGGGCGGUCUCGUGUGCAAGGAAGCCAUUCUCCAGUCCCGCGACAACCCCGACGUGUACCUGCAGGACGUGUUCCGUUCGGUGAAGGGAGUCGUCUUUAUGGGCACACCGCACAAGGGUUCGUGGAUCGCCGACUGGGCCAAGAUCCCGGCCAGCACCCUGGGGCUCGUCAAGUCCACCAACAAGUCCCUGCUUCAGAUCCUCGAGACCGAUGACCAGAUGCUCGAGUCCGUGCACCUGAGAUUCCUAGCCAUGGUCCGCCAGCUGCGGGAGGAGCAGAGGGAGCUGGAAAUCAUUUGCUUUUUCGAGGAGCUGGGUCUCCCCGUCGUCGGCGUCGUAGUCUCCAAGGAGUCGGCCACCCUGCCGCCCUACAAUGUCCAGAGCAUCCACGCCACCCACUCCAACAUGGUCAAGUUCGCCUCGGCCGAGGACCCGGGCUUUGUGAGAGUGCUAGCUUCGCUGCGGAGACGUGUCGUGAGUGAAAAAGACCGCGCUUUUCUCAGCUUCUUCCACGUCACAAAUCCCAUCUAUGACAAGGAGCGCAUCGAAGGUACCCGCGGCGGCCUGUUCGAAGACUGUUACACCUGGAUUUUGGAACAAGAUGCCUUUAAGCGGUGGGAUACCACUCCGUCUGCGCAGCUGCUUUGGGUGCGCGGCGACCCGGGAAAAGGAAAGACGAUGCUUCUAUGUGGAAUCGUGGAUACGCUGCGAGCGCGGCCGGGCGCCGUGCCGGUGAUUUUCUCGUAUUUUCAAGCAUCCGACUUGGAGAGGAGCAAGGCCUCGACGAUUUUGCAGGGUCUGCUCUACCUCGUACUUAAAGAGCACCCAUUUCUCAUCCCCCCGAUUCGGGACAAGUUUUGGCACGAAUCUGAGACCCUCUCGCGACAAGCACACCCGUUCUCCGUCCUGACAUCGAUGUUUCGACAUGUACUCCAGCACCCUGCUCUCAAGAAUGGCGUUCGUAUCGUCAUUGACGCUCUUGACGAGUGCCGCGAUGGCCUCCCCCGGCUUCUCGACUUUAUCGUGUCCACAUCGGCCUCUUUUCCGCGCACAAAGUGGAUCGUCUCAAGUCGGAAUAACCUAGAAGUCAAGGAGCGCCUGGCCCUGAUGGGAGACCAGAGGCUUCUCCUGUCUCUGGACGCGCAAGACAAGCACAUCUCCGACGCCGUGACGGCUUUCAUCCAAUGGAAGGUGGGUCGGCUCGCCGCCCUCAAGGGUUACAACGAAAAGACGGCGCGCCAAGUACGCGAGUAUCUGGGUCAAAACGCGCAAGGAACUUUUCUAUGGGUGGCCCUCGCUUGUCACCACCUCGAACAGUCAUCUUCGAGGGUCAUGGAGAGAUUGAGAAAGCUGCCUCCCGGCCUGGCCUCUCUGUACGCGCAGAUGCUCGCCUAUGUCGGUGAGACUGACGAUGCCGACGUGUGCCUGCCAAUCCUACGGUUGAUGGUGAUCUCGUACGGUCCGCUGAAGGUCAGCGAGAUUCAAUCCUUCGUACACGGCCUUUUGGACAUGCCACUGGAUGAAGUCUACGCGAUUAUAAGCCGCUGCGGGUCAUUCCUCUCUGUCCGAGAUGGAAGCGUGGAUUUCAUUCACCAAUCCGCCAAGGACUUUCUCGACAGCAACGAGUGCUAUGACGCCAUUUUCCCACGUCCUCCCACCGAAGCACACAUGGAGAUUGUCCAGAGCGCGCUAGACUUAAUGGAUCGCAGCCUCAAGGCUAAUAUGCAUAACCUGCUCACUCCAGAUGCGACCAUUCAAGAUGCCGUCAUGCCGUCCACCUCGCCUGUUCAUCUUCUGAAAUAUGCCAGCUCUUUGUGGGUCGACCACGCGCUAGCGACGCUGCAGGAGGCUUCUACCUGCAGGUUGUGCAUCUUCCGUCCGGGUCACGUAUGCGACAAGUCGGAAGAGGAAAAGCUGUGCCAGAUGCUGUUUUCUGACGACGGACCCGUCAUGUCGUUCCUGUCAUGCCAUUUUCUUCACUGGGUGGAGUGCCUCAGCUUCCUGCAGCGGGUACCGAGUGCCAUUGUUGCCAUCAAGCGAUUGUUAACAAAAUUGGAGGGAACAAGGCGUGGUGGAGCGCGUUUAGACCAAUUCUUGUACGAUGCAGCCAGGUUUCUCGUAACCAAUCGCCCCAUCAUCGAGCGCGCCCCUUUGCAAAUAUACGGAGGAGCCCUGGCCUUCAGCCCAGCCAAGAGCGUCAUCCGGGGAUUGUUUUGGGAUCAGAGACUUCCCCUGCUUCAGGAAGCUGCAGGUGUCGAGGAGGAAUGGGACUCUUGCCUCCAGGUCCUCGAAGGCCACACGGAGACCGUGACCUACGCCGUCUUCUCCGGCGACGGGGGGCUCCUGGCGUCCGUGUCGGUGGAUAAGACGGUGCGGCUUUGGGACACCCAUACCGGUGUCUGCAAGCACCUCUUCGAAGGCUAUAAAGGCUUCUACGGCGCGUUGUCUAUCUCUCGGAGAGGAACGAUGCUGGCGUUCCCUGGCCCGGAUGGCGCCGUUCAUAUCCGGGAUUGUGAAACUGGGCGGCUUCUUAGCUCUUGCGGCCACAAUACCGGGCUUUUUUCGGCGUUGGCCCUAUCUUGGGAUGGCAACACUCUCGUGGCCGGCUUGCUGGACGGGACAGUCCACAUCUGGGACAUCACCUCUGGGGUCUCUGAGGUUGUGACGGUUGCCAAGACCUCGAUUCACACCGUCAUCUUGAAUUUUGAUGCCGAUACCCUUGCCUUUGGCUGUGUAGACGGUGCGGUGCAGGUCUAUGACGUAUCCAGCAGGACACAGCUUCACACAUUUGCGUGUGGACCGUUUCCUGUCAUCCGUUUUGACGACGAUGGUACACUCGUCGCGAUUUCUAUAUUCGGCGUAGUGACAGUUUGGGACCUUGGUACAGGCGUAUGCCAUAACACAUGGGGUGAUUGGGACGUCGGGCCGCUCAAGGUUGACUACUCGCCAGCAAGCAAACUUGUGGCGGUGGCUCGGGAUGCCACAACGGAAAUUUGGGAUGCCAUCACGGGGAAGGCGACAUCCCUGGGAUUCUACUGCCACGGCCGGGACGUCUACUACACGUCCUUCUCUCCCGAUGGGCAAGUAUUGGCCACUUGCUCCCAGGAUCAGACCAUCCGGCUCUGGGACACGGGCAUGCCGAGGAGCGGAUCAAACCAACAGACAACCUGGGAUCCCAUCACUUGCCUCGCCUUCUCACCCGAUGGCAAGACAUUUGCUUCAGGGUCAAUGUACGGCGAAGUGAAAGCGUGGAAUGCCAAGACGGGUGAGGUGAGAGAGAAGGUCGAGCCAAGAUCUAGCGGGGGCGGCCCGAUUGUUCUUUCCGUUGCUUUCUCGGCCGAUGGCAAGGAUUUGGCGUGGACAGCAUAUCGCGGAACUUAUACCUGCAUCUACUCCCUAUCGCCGACUACCAGAAGAUGGGAGUUGGACACACCCGGGGCCUAUACUAUCAGCGUGUUGUUUUCAAAAGACGGAGAUUUGCUGCGGGCUGAUGGGAGACACCGCAGAAUCACAUGGUUCAAGUCCAGAGCAGACCCCAUAGAGCCCAUCUCGAGAGCUGAGUGCACCUUGGACUAUAUACUCCACGAGGGACUGUACGUCGACCUCGACACACCUCUUCCACCCGCGCACGACUCGCCCCCAAGAUUUCUCAAAAAAGACGGGAAACACUACGCAAUGGACUGGGGCCACCUCUUGCCCCUGCCAGAGGCGAUCCGGAAGCGAUGGGCUGAGCGGCUGUUUGUCCGGGGGGAGUGGGUGACCCAGGCGGGGAAGAAUGUUCUCUGGCUCCCGCCGAGUUACCGGCCUAAUUGCACGGCGCUGCACGAUAGCCUCUUGAUCCUUGGGCAGAAAUCGGGGAGCGUGACGCGGUUGACAUUGAAGUCCACCCAGGGCUGA